AAAAAUUGUAUUAUAUUUUAAAAUAUAAAUAAUUUAUCUUCAAAUUAUUGGUACGAGCCCCUUCUACCCCCAGACGCGUAAAGACCUUGACUUACCACAUAAAUUCUGAAAACUUCGUCGGAAAAUCUGCCGAUCAAUGGCGUCCUCUUCGAGCACACAGCCACCGGCCGAAGAAACGACGAACUGGCUCGAACUGCCGCGAGACGUGACGGCGAUGAUACUGCACAAGCUUGGAGCGAUAGAGAUACUGACUAGCGCACAGAAGGUAUGUAUGACGUGGCGUAAGAUCUGCAAAGACCCUGCGAUGUGGAGGACCAUCGACAUGCACUAUUUGGGGGAUGGGGACAUGGAUUACGAUCUCGAGAAGAUGACGAGGCACGCCAUCGAUCGCAGUUGUGGACAGUUGGUCGACAUCAAUAUCGAGUAUUUCGGAACCGAUGAGCUUCUUCAGUACAUCAUUGAGCGGACCAGUCAACUUAGACGUCUUCGUCUUAUCUAUUGCUAUAACAUUUCAUGCGACGGUUUGAGUGAAGCGGCUAAAGGACUACCAUUGUUAGAGGAGCUUCACAUUUAUUUCUGCGCUAAUAUUUCAGAAGAAGCAUUUGAAGCUGUUGGUCGCUGUUGUCCUCUGCUGAAGUCAUUUUCAUUUAACGACAAAGGGGUGAAAAGCAAAGACAUAGAAAUAGAGUUUGACGACAAAGCACUAGUUAUUGCAGGAAACAUGCCUGAAUUAUGCCGCCUUCAACUCUUUGGAAAUAGGAUGACAAAUGUUGGCCUGCAGGCGAUUCUUGAUGGUUGUCCUCACCUUGAAUCCCUUGACCUGCGGCAGUGUUUCAAUGUUAAUCUGGAAGGGGAUUUGGCAAAAAGACUUCAUAAGAUCAAAGAUCUGCGACUUCCUCACGAUUCCACCGAAGACUAUGGAUUUGAUGAUCAAAUUUACGAUGAGGACGACCCAUUUGGAUCUUCUGACGUUAGCUCCUUUUCUUUUGACGAUUAUGGUGACAGCUACCAAGAUAAUGACUUAGAUUAUGACAGUGACUUUGAUUAUGAUGACUACUACACAAAAGUCCCUCGACAGUGGGCCCCUGGACAGUGGAGGCUGUGGUAGUUCAAAGUUUUAGUAUAUCCAGUCAAGACACUACUUUCAUGAUGGUGGUAGAAGAUGAUUUUGAUGGCAUUUUGCUCAUCUGGAUAAGAUUGCUGAAAUGGUGUUGCAGUCUGAUGUAGUGCUUGAUCAGAGUUAAUUUCAUCAUCUUUCUUUAUGAACAUGAGCGUACUUUGUACCUAAGGGGGGGACUUGAGCUUUGUAGAAGAUAUUUGUUUUUUACUGUA